UGCCUACGGCUAGGUUAUUGGCCAAAUCAAUUCAAAAUCUCCACCACAAUAGUCAUUUCCAAACCCAAGAAAUCCGACUACUCGAGGCUUAAGUCGUACAGACCCAUCAUACUCCUCUCGUGCUUAGGCAAGCUAAUGGAAAAAGUUCUAGUAAACAGAUUUCAAUACGAAGGAGCCAAAUUCAACAUCUUUCACCCCAACCAG